CCCCGACCUUAUCUCCGACUUUGUGUGACUUGGGGUCAGAGCAUGCGAUCGCCUUCUUGAAUUUAGUAACAGCGAGGGAGAUCUAUCAAAAUAUAUUUAUGCGAAUUAUAAAUAUAUUCAAAACAUCAAUACAUACAUAUAUACUUGUUGCGUCAUGUGGUUCUCUACGCCCCGGUUGCUCGUCGGUCUCUACGGGCUAUCGCUGGCCGCCGUGGGGUCUUCCGCCGCCGAUGUUGAUUUUAUGAGUGUCAGACCGACUGUGGCCAAGGAAUACUCUGGUAAAGGAGGAGAACCAGGGCCGAAAUAUUUCAAGGAAUCUGAUUUUCACUACCACUACGAUGGCCGCUUCGCCGAUAAGCCUCUUUCUGAAGAUGAGACUGUCCCCCACCUGUCGGAACUCAUCCGAACCUACCUGUCAACAAUGGAGGACCUUGGUGCUGAGACAUGGAUCAUGCACGGAACUCUUCUGGCAUGGUGGUGGAAUCAGAAGAUCUUUCCUUGGGACAAUGACCUGGAUGUUCAGAUUUCGGAGCCCACAAUCCAUUUUCUCGCCGAUUACUACAAUAUGACUGAGCACCAUUUCGAGAUUCCCGGGGUGGAGGGCGGAAGAACCUACCUACUCGAGAUCAAUCCUAACUACGUCAUCCGGUCUACCGACGACAAGCUGAAUGUCAUUGACGCGCGUUGGAUUGACACUUCCUCCGGGUUAUUUAUCGACAUCACUGCCGUGCGCAAGGAUGACGAAAGGCGAGAGCGUGGUGACCCGGGAGCUUUAAUGUGCAAAGACGGACAUCGGUUUGAUGAAACCGAAAUUUUUCCGUUGCGAAACAGUUAUUUCGAGGAUGUCUCGGUAAAGAUCCCGUUUGAAUAUGUUCGCCUUCUGAAGAAGGAAUAUGGCUCGAAGUCGAUGACGGCUACUACAUUUCAAGGUCAUCACUUCAACGAUGUCACGGAGGUGUGGGAUAAACAAAGAAAACGGCAGUUCUGGCGCCGCCAGCCGGUCGACGUACCUGUUCGAACUACGCCUCUUGGGCCUUUGCUUCGAUGAUGCGCAACAACUAAUUUCUCAAUUUAGAGCUUGCUGAUGAAGACACAUCGGGCCUGUCAAUGACAGUUAUGAUUUGCCCGGGUACAAAUUCUUUUUUCAUACAGUCGUCACUUGUUUGCAUAUAUAUGGCGUUACCCCCCGGAGCGCAUCACCAGUUAUUUGCAAGUUAGCUACGUUUGGCGUUUGGGUUUAACUUUGUUCUCUAGUCUUCCGGUUGUGAUUCUUUUCUGUAUGUUCAACCUUGUCAUGACCCUCUUUUGUCAAUACUUUUUAUACCGGAGUCUUUAGGCCUCUCAGGGGUCUGGGCUAUUGAGCAUUCGAGUCUCUCGAAGAGUUGUUGUGAAUAUAUCGAGUAUAUAAAUACUUCAUGUG